AUGUUAUUGUCAAGUGAAUCUUGGACUAAAGUAUUCAUCCUGUGCAAUUGUAGUUUUGUAGUGUUCGGUGUUGUUCUGUUAGCACUCGGAAUUCAACCACAAAUCACAUUAAAUCAAUUCAGAAAUAUACUACAAAAUGCGAAACCAGAGAUCUUCCUGGUUGUAAGUAUCUCAGGAGGUCUCGGUGUUCUAGGAUCAUUUGUUGGCAUUUAUGGACACUCGAAGAAACACAAAAUGAUCAUAUAUUUGAACAUUUUCGUUUUGUUUAUCGUGACUUGUGUGUGGAUCGGUAUGGCAUUUAAAGUAGCUUUAACGGAAGACAAGUUCCUAAAUUUAGUUAAUAGCUCGCUGAGUUCUACUAUUAAACAAUAUGAUAAACGAGUUGAUUAUCACAUGGAGUUUGAUCAAUUACAAAAGAGUUUUUUCUGCUGUGGAGCAAACUCGGAAAAUGAUUAUCGACCUCCACAAUUUACUAGGGCAGCACUAACACCUGCUUCAUGUAAAUACGACAAAUUCGCAUAUCCUAAAGGAUGUGUAUCAGCGAUAAUUGAAUAUACACAAACUUAUCUAAAUCUAAUCAUGUAUCUAUGUUUCACAUUCGGGAUUAUUCAAGCGGUCUACUUGAUAUUGUCAUUUCUGAGAAUACGUAAAUUUGAAGGUGACGAUUUUCUAUCUGCAUAAUUGUCAUAUUGAGAUCAAAUGUUAAGAAGAUAUUCAAUGGAACCUAAUGUCAAUCAGACAACCGAAUCAUUGACUAUUCAUUACUCAUUCUAUUGUCAUUUGAUCUUACUUAUUUGUACACCAUUAUACACUAUUCUUAUCAACUGAAUAAUGAAUUUCUUCAUUAUUUUCUUUGUUUAAAUCAACUUGUUACUGGGAGGUAUUUCGAAAGAAAACAAACAAAAAAUGAAAAAAGUUUAUUCUCUUUAACACAAUCGAUAGGAUAUUUCAAUUAGAGUAUAUCAGUCGAUCAGAUCCGAAGUGUUCAUACAACGAAUACAAGG